AGGCACAUGAUAAAGUGCACACCCAAGGGCUACAAAGGGUACAAUAUCACUCCUGUGCCGCGUAAACGCACUCGUAGCUGUAUAACGUCCCCGAGGAAUCAACACAGUGCGACUAUUGGCACCCAACGUUGCGAAGAAACCUGGACGGGUGCGGAUUUUCUGCGAGCGCUUGUGAAGAUAGAGCGCGGAAAAGCCAUAUCCACCGCGGGUGUAGAUGCGAAGCACAUUGAUACGUUCCUAAUAAACCAGCUGGCGUUGCCAUGCCAACACGCGACUAUAGGAUGGAACUCUGUGGCUCUGGUGCUGCGCUCAUUGCGGGCGCCAAAUGUCAAGAUGGCUUACAAACGGGUGCUGGUCAAAUGGCUGGUGAUCCACUAUCACCACAUUCACAUUCAAGGCGACCUCCAACAACAACGGGCCGACAGACAAGCAUACUUGUACCAGGCGCUUCUCCUGGCUUUGAAAGAUACCUAUCUGUGUGGCGAUGUGUGCCGUUUACUGUGUCUGCUUACUCGUGCUGAGCAUGUCAAGCCGCGGAGAGCUGCGCAACUACAGAGCAUGCGAAGUGCUGAAGCUUACAAGCUCGUGGCGUACGAGAUCGGUUGCCUAUUGGCUGUUUACAAGUCAUAUUAUCCCAGGCGCAUCUCAGCACCCGACACUCCCACCUCACUGCUGCACCUGUACCAAGGGGUAUUGGACCGAACUUCCCCAGUGUCUUGGCUGUCGUGUGGGCCCAGCUUUCCGCCCGCGCACGUGGCCCAUACAGCCACGUGCGAGUACUUGCAGGAGACUCAGAACGCCAACGGGAUGAUUGCAGCCGAUAACACGAUGGCGUGUGGGGGCAAUUGUGUGCACACCCAGAAGUAUGAACAUACGAUUGCAGGGACAAAGAAGCGCACACAGGCAGGCGAAGGCACGCACGCACACACAAGCUUGUACAGGUUAGCUCACAAGCGGAAGCGCAAACGCGGUGGGGCACCUUCAAGCCAGUCAGAUUCUGAGUCUCCGCCUGUCCCCUUGCGUAAUACACCUGGGAGAAGUGGCAAGACACACGGCCGAGAAUGUGCACGUGAUAGAGUACGCACACAUACACCUGACGUGCAGGCAGAACACACAUUACACACGGCCACAUAUGCCCAGAAGGAUGGGAGUGCAAACACACACACACGCGCACAUUCACGAGCUCACGCACGAGACAUGGCAGGUGCACAAGGACACACUCGCACGCAUCGACCAGAGCGCAGAGAUAGCCGUAGCCGGAAUGGGACGACAGCACAGGAUAGCGUGCACACACCCCCCAGACCACAAAGAGAUGUGCUCCGCCCGGCAUUGUCACCUCUGCAACAUGGUACACAGGCGCGUGGCGGGAUAUCGGUUGCCAUGGAGCAUGUCCCGAUUCAUACCGGGAUGAUAUUGCGCAGGGGUGCUGUCGAUUUUAGUAGGAUCCUGCAGCGGCGUCUGGAUGAGAGCCGCAUUGACCGCGCAAGUAGUGCAAAGGCAUCAUAUCACGCAUGGCUGCAGAUCUGGCACAGCGACGCACAGCAAGUGUCCUUUGCCUGCGAUUACAUGCUGGCAAUAUUCCCAGAGAAUAGGAGUGUGGUGGGGCUGGUGUGUGAUGUGCAUGCGACUAUUUGGAGUGCUGUGUGUGAGUUGGGGCUGGGUGGUGGGGUAGGUAACGGAAGAGAGUAUUCCUCCGAGAUAGACACAUAUGCCCACGACAGGCAAGGUGCGUGGCGUCAGCCAGGCGCCGGUGAUCGACGCGAAGUGCUCAUACGGGAACAGACAGAUGUACAAGAGAGUGCGAAAGUAUGUACAGAUGAGGCUAAUACUAUUGAUGGGAUCAGGGCAGGACUGGCGCGUAUGUCAGGGGGGGAGGCGGGUGUCAGUCGAGGAUUGGUAGUGGAGGCGGUACGCGGACAAUGGUUAUUACCGUGCGUGGGUGGGUUUUUAGUUGACUGUGCACUUACAUACAUGUGUGUGGCUGUGAAGUGCACGGAUGCAGCUCACUCGGCCGGUGGUUCUGUACGCUCAGAACAAACCAAUCCUAGUGUGGAAAGGGAAGAAAGUCCUUAUACGCACACACAAGCAGAGGUGGACUCACAAACACGCUGUAGUUGGGGCGACCAAAGCAUCCGCACGAACACGGGCAAGCGUAUGCCACAACCCGAUUCGAGCACCCACUAUUCAGACGCCAGCAGGAUUCCAAACUUCAAACAAGAAACCCGAAAAUCGCAACACACUCACUCCACAGCCUCACAAACCACACCACACACGCGCCACGGCGUCUCCACAACUACACACCACACGCCUGUGCCUAUUGCACUGUGUGUGUGUGGCACGUGCCCAACAACACUCCUAGACCACCCGUUCACAUCCGAAUUCUUUGAGCUCCUCUCGAUGUACACUCCUGUGAGCACACCUCCAGGAUUGGCUGCGAGGUCCGCACACGGACAUAACGAGGCCAGGACAAGCGUACACAAACUGGCCAGGAAUGGCACGCAGACUGAGUGGGUGGGUGGGUGUGGGUGUAUGGUAGAUGGCGGACUGAUGAGUAUUGUCAAUAUGCUGCAAUCGUGGAGUGACCUGCUGGUUGCCAUGCCAACGCGGGACCCCAGCGACAGCGUGCGCCAACGCCGUCUGCAGCACGCUCUGUUCGACACAGGCCACUCACUACUGUGCAGGGCACUCGCACGCCGGCGUGCACACAGCGGCGCACAUGCACGCACGAGCACACGCCAAUAUCCGCAUUCACCUGCACAGGACCAGCGUGUCACAUUGACACGUGGCAACACGGGCGUCAAGGGGCCGGUGUCUAUGUUUGAUAUUGUGGACAGGCUACGGGAAGCGACUCGACGCAGUGGGCAGCACAUCACACCAGAGGGUGAGGAUGGGGUUGAAGCGUUGGCCACGAGCGUCACUGAGAGACCACGUGAUGGGCCUGCUAGCCCGCACCAGGCCGACCAAGGUGACGAUACAGGGCGCGACAUACAGAACAUCUCCGACAACUGUGAAGAACCGAAUGUAGCGGUGCUGAUGACAUACCUCUCAAACUUGUUGUUUAGCUGGGAUGUGCACAUGGAUACGCACUCUCUCGAGUACACAUGCUACGCUUACUAUCGCCUACACAUGGCGGUCAUAGAUCCUUAUCGCCAUGGUAGCGGUAUCCAUGGCAACAGUGAUCAUGGUAAAGCUAACCAGCACGUUGAUGACGACUUGCCUGUAUACUAUGCCCACUUGCCCUUCCAUGCCUACAUGCGCGCCGUACGAGACUCCUGCCAAGCCGUUGCACUACAACACUUCGUGAGCGUGUGUUUAGCAAUAGACGGCAAUGCUAAAUUUGCACAGGCUUCGUACGUUGAGGAUGUAAGGACCGUUAUCAAUGGCCGACGGUUUACCAUGGGGGACUCCGAAGAGCUAUGGAUCAGGUACUACAUGGUCCAGGGCUACACAUACGACUAUGCCACGCUCUUGACACAGCGAAGGCCCUGGCGCAGUCUCACAUCGGUUGUGGGCGAAUUCCGGAAGAAGCACCCGAGGCCUGGAGAUCCGUCAGAGUACAUUAGCUGGCUAAAUACCGUUGGGUUACCGGCGAUUGGUGAAUUGUUUGGUCGUACUUAGACAACUAUGUAUUAUAUAUAAGGAAUAUUUCGAAGCUUUUAGGCUGAAUCCACGUAUUGAUUGGAAGCAAGCCGGGAAUGCUUUGAAGAUUCGUAAAUGUUGUUCUUCAGCGCCUGAUCAUACGCAUGCUGUGGUACAAUUGUAAGUUGAACUAUAGCUUUCACCCCCGGGUAAAUACCCUCCCGUAUAUUACUACUAAAGUGUACACAAGUAUAUGUCUACUACUGUGCUAUUCGUUUUUUU